CGAGAUGUGCGAAGUGGCUAUUUCCGGUUCAUGCGAGGACAUGCUCUGUAUCCGACGUACUUGUGGAUUAGGCCAUGUUUGAUAUUCUUUCUUGUCCUGAUUGCAUUCAAUAUUUCCGUAACCGGCAAGUUGAUGUGUCGAAAUCGGCUCAGGAAGAGGGAUUUGGCAGAUGCAGGAAACAAGGAGAAAAAACCAUGUUGCCUACCAGAGACAUGGAAGGCCAGAUUUGUGGUUCAUAGUAUUGCGGGUGGCAAUCACAAGAGCAGAGUGGACCAUGGAGCGUUUCGAAUGUAUCGCUGGCCCGACGGAACUGUUCAUAGUGCUGUACUGGUUGUCGGUAAACUGGUCGCAUCCCCGGAAUUUUGCCAUCUCACACCGUCGAAUUUGUCACAGCUGACGGAAUCUCUCUGUCCAGAGGACCGAGUGGCAUGUCUACGUGCCCCGUACCUUGGAGAACCAAGGUGCUUAACAGAGAAAAAUGGCUAUACACUUAAACGUUCGCGUCCAGAUCCGAAGACAGGCAAAGUUGUACAAACGUGGUUUAUCGAUCAGGUUAAUCAAAUACAUGGCUCAAUAGAAAGGCACACAUAUCAAGUCGAACGGCGCUACGGAUUGUGCAGGUUGCUGAAUUAUCGUGUACAAUGGGGACAUUACGCGCUUCCGUGGCGAAACUGCCGAUUGUUCCUGCGCAUGGAACGAACGUUUCGUCCUGUAUCUGGCAGUUUCAAACUACACUUCAAACACAAUUUGACGGACAAUCUGUUGUUCUGUUGAAGUGUGAUUCCAUGCAGACACGCUGUGAUUCAAGAGAAGUAACUGUUUCGUGUUCAAACGUGAGGUUGAAGCAUAUUUAUACACCAUGUUUUAUAUUAAGUUUGUGAUUGAUUAAUUUAA